AUGCCGGACAACGCGACUCUUCUUCAAGGCUUCGAAUGGAAUGUACCUGCAGAUGGGAAGCACUGGAAGCGUCUUCUUCAUGCUCUACCUGUUCUCAAAGAGUGUGGUAUCGACAACAUCUGGCUUCCACCGGGUUGCAAGGCCAGCAGUCCAGAGGGGAAUGGGUACGAUGUCUACGACCUGUACGACCUGGGCGAGUUCGACCAGAAGGGCGGUGUCGGCACGAAAUGGGGCACCAAGGACGACCUCAUAGCAUUGAGUCAGAAAGCGCAAGAGCUGGGUGUAGGACUCUACUGGGACGCAGUUCUCAAUCAUAAAGCGGGCGCAGACAAGAAAGAGAAGGCAGACGCUGUCGAAGUAGAUGAGAACGAUCGCAACACCGAGGUCAGCGAUAGCUACCAGAUAAAUGCAUGGCUUGGCUUCGACUUUCCAGGAAGAGGCGACAAAUACAAGAACAAAGGCUGGAGCGAGACGGUCGACGAUGAGCAGGGUAACGCAGAUUUCAUGAUGUUCGCCGAUGUGGACUACAGCCACCCAGAAGUUGAGGAAGACGUCAAGAAUUGGGGAACAUGGAUCGUGAAAGAAGUCGGCCUCCAAGGAUUUCGUCUCGAUGCUGUCCAGCACUUCUCUGAGCGCUUCACGAAUGACUGGGUAGAGCAUGUGCGCAAAAAGACGGUCAAGGAGGUGUUCAUGUUGGACAAGAUGAACCACAGGUUCUCUCUAUUCGACGCGCCGCCGCUUUACAACUUCUCGCGUCUCAGCACCACAGAAGAUGCAGACUUGCGGACAGUCUUCGACAACACAUUGGUCAAGGCAGAGCCCGUGAAUGCUGUCACGGUGGUCAUGAAUCACGACACCCAACCUGGUCAAACAAUGGACCCCAAGGUCGAAGGCUUUUUCAAACUUCUCGCCUACGCCCUCAUCCUCCUCCAAGACGCCGGCUACCCAUGCCUGUUCUACGGCGAUCUCUACGGCAUCAGCGGCGACAACCCCGAACCACCCUCAUGCGGCAACAAGCUGCCUGACAUGGUAUUGGCUCGCAAGCUCUACGCAUACGGCCAGCAAGACGAGUACCUCGAUCAGCCUACCUGCAUCGGCUUCGUCCGCAGAGGCAACGAAGAGCACCACGCUGGCUUGGCGUGGGUCAUGUCGAAUGCCGGACCUGGCGAGAUCAGGAUGGCUGUGGGGGAGAUGCACGCGGGUCAGGUAUGGACAGAUGUGCUGGGGUGGCAGCAGGAAGGGGUUGAGAUUGAUGAAGAGGGGUAUGGCUUGUUCAAAUGUCCGGGCACGAGUGUGAGUAUUUGGGUUAGGAAGGAUGCGAAGGGGAGGGACAGGUUUCCGGUUCAGUUUGAUCAUGAGAUUUACAAGAGUUGUUAA